UGUUGUAGUGGUGCAAAUCUUUGAGGUGUGUCUCUCUCCCCUUUACUUGCAGAGGCAUGUCUUGGAUCUGAGCCCAUCCUGCUGCAGCUGUUUGACAGCAUGGGUGCUGAAGAAGGGGAAGCCUUACAUCAAAAGCAAAGAGAAGCUAAAUUUUGGUACACUCUGGAGCUGCAGACUGGAUCUUCUGGGAGAAGUUAGUGCUUGCCUUUCUUUGAAGUUACCAACGGGAUUCUGAAGACUUUGCGAGAGCGCCGAGCACUUUGCUGGACUGACAAGGCACAAAGGUGGUGAAACCACAUCGCCGUUAAUGAGUGUUUUUCGGGACAUUUUGAGAAGAUCCGUUGGAGCUAAAAAGGAAAAGUGGAUUGGUGAGGAAGAUGGGGAUGACCAGAAGGACGUUUUUGAUGGAGCUGGCAAGAAGAAAGGGUUUCAGAGUAGAAAGUGAGCUAAGUGAUUCUGUCACUCAUAUUGUGGCUGAGAACAACUCUUACCUGGAGGUGCAGGACUGGCUGAGAGGACAAGCUGUGGGUGACAGCUCCAGGUUUGAACUACUGGAUAUCUCCUGGUUCACAGCCUGCAUGGAAGCGGGAAGACCAGUUGAUUCAGAAUUGAAGUAUCGUCUCAUGGAACAAGAUCAGUCUCCUCCUUUGAAUGCACCUGAAUCAGAAGUGCCAUCAUUUAUUGCAAGCAAAGUAUCUCAAUAUUCAUGUCAAAGGAAGACAACUUUAAAUAACUACAACAAGAAAUUCACGGAUGCCUUUGAGGUAAUGGCUGAAAAUUAUGAGUUCAAAGAAAAUGAAAUAUUCUGCCUGGAAUUUCUGAGAGCAGCUUCUGUGCUGAAAUUUCUUCCAUUUCCAGUAACCAAAAUGAAAGAUAUACAAGGGUUGCCCUGCAUGGGAGAUCGAGUCAGAGAUAUCAUUGAGGAGAUUAUUGAAGAAGGAGAGAGCUCUAGAGCUAAAGAAGUGUUAAAUGAUGAACGAUACCAAUCAUUUAAGCAAUUUACUUCAGUCUUUGGAGUGGGAGUGAAGACAUCUGAGAAAUGGUACAGAAUGGGUUUACGAACUCUGGAAGAGGUAAAAGCUGACAAUACCCUGAAGCUGUCAAAAAUGCAGAAGGCAGGGUUUCUCUACUAUGAGGACCUUGUUAGCUGUGUAUCUAAGGCAGAAGCGGAUGCAGUAAGCUUGAUUGUCAAGAAUACUGUGUGUAGGUUUCUACCAGAUGCUUUAGUUACCAUAACUGGUGGUUUCAGAAGGGGUAAGGAGAUUGGACAUGAUAUAGAUUUUUUGAUCACCAAUCCAGGACCAAGAGAAGAUGAUGAACUUCUGCAUAAAGUUGUUGACUUAUGGAAAAAGCAGGGCUUACUCCUAUACUGUGAUAUGAUUGAAUCAACAUUUGUAAAGGAACAGCUACCAAGCAGAAAAGUUGAUGCCAUGGAUAAUUUUCAGAAGUGUUUUGCAAUUUUAAAAUUAUAUCAGCCAAGAGUAGACAACAGCAGUUACAACAUGUCAAAAAAAUUUCAUACAGAAGUCAAAGACUGGAAGGCAAUCCGUGUGGAUCUGGUCAUAACCCCCUUUGAGCAAUAUGCGUAUGCUCUGUUAGGCUGGACAGGCUCCAGGCAAUUUGGACGUGAUUUGCGGAGGUACGCUAAUCAUGAAAGGAAGAUGAUAUUGGAUAACCAUGCCUUAUAUGACAGGAGAAAGAGGAUCUUUCUCAAAGCUGGAAGUGAGGAAGAAAUCUUUGCACAUCUUGGCUUGGAUUAUGUCGAACCAUGGGAAAGGAAUGCUUAAAAUGAUUUGGCAGUGUACAUUCAUCAGUUGACAGCAAUGGUCUUUCUGCCUAACCUGCAGACUGAUUUAGGUAUAUAUAUUAUAUGCAUCUCUAUGACAACUAAAAAAAAUUUAAAAUAUAUUAGUUACAAGCUAUUAUACAUGCUGAUAUUUCUAGAGAAGAAGAGUUUAAAUUCUACAUGGGAAUGACAAGAUAGAGCUUGUUUUUUGGGGAAAACUUGAAACUGGUAUGAUUUUUGCUUGUGAUAGGAAUUUAACAUUCCCGUGAAUAAUACUUGCCUGUUAAAAUACUGUCAGCUAUGACAAUACCUAAAUAAUACAAAAUAUUUGAGCUGAGUUAAAAAAAUUACUGAAACUCAUGCUUAUCUUUAACUGUAUUUCUUAAGUAUUUUGCUGAAUCCAUAUAUAAAAUUGCUGCUGUAUAUAAGGCUUAAUGACCUAGGCAGUAAUUAGUCUGGCAGUCUCAGCAAGUUGAAGUUUCAGCUGUAAUAUUUUUCCAGGUGGGGCACCUCUCUACAAAAACCAUAAACAAGUUGCAGUGAGUUAAAAACAUUUCACAGGAAGGGAUUUGGAGAAGUAAAAGUGGAAUAACUCAGUAGCAAUCUUGAAUCGAGAGGAAAAAAUACUGUAAGUUUGGAUUACUGAUUUGGACCAAAGAAAAUAUAAGUGGUGAUGUGAUGAUCCUCAAUUGGUAAUUUGAAUUAUAACUUGCAUGAAAACAACUGCUUUAGCUGUCAGGCUCGUGGCUGCUCUGGGGUGAGAGCUUUUAAUUGUCUGUGCUCAAAUUAGGUAGCUGGAAAUUUAUUUAUUAGUAGAUUAUAUGCAUUGGAAUGGAAGUUUACCUGAGCUGUUUGGCUAUUGGUUGCUCUAGGAUGGUAUUCCCUCUUUUUUGGUCAGAAAUUAAUCGGAGAUGUGAGAGACUUUCUGAUAAAAGUAAUCCUAUAAGAGAUUUUAGUUUCAGAAAAUUUCCAGGUAGCUCUUGUGACUGGAGUGAUAAUGAAGAAUUUGUAAUACAUUUAUCCUUUAAUGAACAAGGUCAUUUGGUGCUUUAGUACAUGAAGUUACUUACUGACCAUUCAUUUGUCAUUUGUAGAAUAAAGGUGA